GUCCUUCAUACGUCAAGGCUGUGAAAGGUCGAUCGGGUGAUACAUUGGGCGACUGGUCGCAUUUAUAAUGAUUGACUACAGGGUCUUGUGAGCCUUCUGGUGGUCUCGUCAGCACACCAUUUGUCAUACGCUGGAUUUAUAUCGUGACGUAUUCCAUCAAACAGUGAAUAUGAUUCAGGACUCCGAACCUCAGAAGUUGCUCUCCAGCAAUGCCGAUCCUGUAAGAUCUAGUGCAAUGCAAAAGAAAAUACGGCAAAAGUAUUUUAAAAAUGAUGCUGUAAUUAAAGCUUAUAAGUGUGAUUUAAUGAGCCAGAAUAUAAAUACUCCUGUUAAGCUUUACGUUUGUCAUUCUGCCUUAAAUCUUGUCCAUCGUCCGAAGCGAAAAAUACUGACAGCACUCCUCUACAGUCAAAUCGUUGAACUUAAAGUCCAAAAUGAACACUAUGUAAAUAUACUCACCACUAGUAACGAGACGUACACUUUGGCUAACUUUGAACGAUCAGACUCAGCUAUAGCUUUUCUACGCAAUUAUUGGGAGGUCAUUUUAAAAGAGAAGUGUUUUUCUACAUCGUGUGGAAGUUCGCCAGCUAACAGAUUAUUCGUUAACAAUAAUAAUAACACUAAUGAUCCUUUAGCUCACCCAAAUGCAAUUAUAAGUGAUCUCUACAAUCGUUUGCUGAUUUCAAAAGGUUCAACUACUGUCAGUUUAACAAGUACCAGUGGUGGUGCCACAGGAAGUAUUAGCAAUAGUGAAACGGAGAGCGUUGUUGGUGUAAAAAAACAAGAAUCUUCAAUUCGUAAAUUGAGUCUGAACGUUCGUAAACCAUCUCCCAUUGGAUUCAAUCAAUUAAAUGAAGAAAUAACAAAUAAAAAUGUCGAUAUUGGAUCCAACGUUGUUACUCAACGUAAUGAUGAUUUCAAUGCUACCAGCCCAAUUGUAAAUAAUCUAUAUUCCACUUCAACCCCUUCAAAUAUCCCUAUGAAACGCAAUAAUACUUCAGUUUAUCAACAUACUAAACCUUACAAUAACGAAACAGUCAAUACUAAUAAUAUUAAUAAUAGUAAUAAGUUUAAUCUUAAUAGACCGAAUGUUACCAUUUCAACCGAUUGGAAUUGGUGGCCAUUUAAUGUCCUUACCUAUCUGUUUAAUGCUUCUCCUUCACAAAGAUUUACCAUGAUGAUUGCAUAUGCCAUUUUAGGUUUUUUGUUCUUGUCAACAAUACAUCUUUAUCAUCGAUUAGCAUUAAUUGAUUUACAAACUGGUCCAGCUAUACGCCGUGCUGGAAUGAAUCAUCCAUCAUCUACAUCUACUUCAGAAUUACAUAAUUUAGAAGUACAAUUAACUCAUUUAACUCAACUUGCUUCAAAAAUGGUUGAAGCACUUGGUCAUUUAACAUCAGAAUUAAAUAGUUUCGUAUUAUAUUCUAAUCCAGAGAAAUUUUCACCAGAUCAAUCAACUAUGAAUACAUGAUAUUAUUGUAUACAAGAUGUAAUUAUUAUCAUUAUCACUAUCAUUAUAUGUCUCGUAUUAUUGUUGCAUUUCAUUUCCAUAGUCUUGUUUGUUGAUUUUUCUUCCUUUGUUCCAACACUAUCAGAUGAAAACGCGCGUGUAAACACACACACGCACAUACAAGCGUAUUACAGUGUUAUCUAACAAGUUAACAGAUACACUUGUUUUUGUAUAUAUCCUUCUUUAUGAAUGUAUUUCUUCUUUCUCUUUGUAUGUAUAGUUCAUUAUCAUUUAUCUAAACAGUAUCUACAAUUUAUCAGACUAUAUAUCUGAUCUCAUUAUUUAGAAAAGAAAAAAAAAAGAAUAAUACUCUCUAUCACUACCCCCUUCCCUUUUUUUUACCUAUUUUUGCUUCUCCUUCCGAAAAAUAUACACUACUACCUCUCUUUUCAAUUGUCAUUCAUGUAACUAAAAGUUCAUUGGUGUUGUUAUCACUAUCUCAUUAUUUUCUAUUGUGGUUCUAGAUUUUCAUGAUAUACUAUCAUGUGGUAAUAAUGGUAUUACCACACAAUGUUUUAUUCCUUCUCUCUUCUUUGAUUUUCUCUGUCACUUUUUCCAUCUCUCUCUGUUACAUGCUAUACAUGUUGACUUUCUUAUUUCUUCUGCCAGUAUUCUACUCUAUUUAACUUGCUUUUUAGAGAUACACAUGUUAAUUUGUUUGUCUCUUUUAAAAUCUCAUUCUGUUUUUAUUCACUUACUCUGAUCCAUAUAGUGCAUGUGUGUAUGCAUUUCUAUUUUCUUGUUCUAAUAUAGGUGUCUACUUUCUUUUUCUCUCUUUUCUUUUCGCUUUAAUGUUUAUCCUGUCAGCUAUACAUAGAUGACACUAGCGUUCGAUUUGGAUCAAUCAGCUGUUGCGAACUUCAUUCUUAUCGAAUAGUUUGUUUUCUAAAAGAGUUUUAGGAUUAAUUCACUUAUUUGAUUGUUAUUCUACUUUCAUAUUCAAUCCUCUCCUUCUUUGUAUUCUCUACAACAAUAAGUCUUUCAAUAUGAAACUCUACUACCACUAGUACUGCUACUACUACUACUACUAAAUACUGUGUACGUUUGUGUCCCAAGUUUCUGUGUAAUAAUUAUUUUUUUGUUUGUUUACUAUCAUAAUUAUUAUUCUUGUUGAUAUUUUGUUUCUGUUCUCGUUAACUUUCUUUGUCUGAUCUCGGUAUUUCAUUUCUCCUUGUUGUUCUCUUCUUCUUCUUCUCCUCCUCCUCCUCCCUCACGAUCUACAACAAACUCUUUAUAUAUUUUUUGUUGUUUAACUCAUCUUUUCAGUUGAAAAAGAUGGAUUGUUGUUUUCUGUUUGUCUGCUUCUUUGCCUUUUCCGUUUUUUUUUUUCAAAGGUAAAGUGUUUAUUCCUUCUUGUUACGUCUAGUUGAUCUUUUCAUUCAUGUUGACUUACAUGUUUAUUAUUAUUACAACUGAUGAUAAUAUUUGUACUGAUUACUAUUAUACAUACAUAUCUUGUAUGUGUAUUGUAAACAAAAUGACAAAUCUGAUUUAAUCAGUAAAUAAUAAAUUAAUUUAAAUCAUAUUGAAAUGUUAUUGUUAUUAUUAUUGUCAUGUAUUGUAUUCUGUUAUUAUUAUUAUUUUAACACAUAGAUAUUGGUACAAGGAGACAUCAAAUAUAUAUGCGCCACAC